UGGCACCAUUGGCUCCGUCUGUUGUGUAGCGUCGCCUCAAAAGGGACGAACAGCUGCUAACUACCAGCUAGCUGUUAGUCUAGUAUCUGUCUCUCUUUCUCUCGGGGUUGUUUGUUUGUCACGGUUUUAAAGUAUGAAUAAAGAUGAAUAUACAGCAGCUCGAGAAGGGAGAAGACCAGCGGUUCCUGACAAAGUGGACAUGUCGUUAGAUGACAUCAUUCGGUUGAACAAGAAAGAGCAACAGUUCAAGAGGAGGCAGAGCACCGUGAACCGGAGACCCGUCAAGAAGAAAGGCCGAUUCACCCAAGCGAAGGGAGUCCCACCGAGACAUGCUGGACCAGUCCAGAGAGGAGGUGGUGUGCCCCGAGGAGGAGGAGGAGGAGGAGUACCUAAAUUAAGAAACAGAAGAGUCCCUCCCCCACCUGGUCGACGGCGGGGUCAAGGGGUCAUCACAGGACUGGCAGCCAGGCGGCCAGCUGCUCUGUUGAAACGACUGGGCACACUGAACAGAGCAGCAACUAACCAGAAAACAAGACCGAAAACAAAGCCCUUCAUUCAACGCACUGAAGCCCCGUACAGGAAGCCGGAGGCGCAGAGGCGGCCGUACAGGCAGCCUGACCCACAGAGAGUUCAGAACGCAGCAGCGUUCAGAAGACCGUUUCAGCUGCGACGACGACCACUGCCGCCUGUCCAGCAGACUCAGAGAGAAGCACGCCAGGCCACAUUUCUUUUUCACAGAGGAAUCAAGGUACAGGCCCAGGUACAAAAGUCAAAUCCUCACAAUCCUCACAGUCCUCACAGUCCUCCAGUCAGAACUCGGCAGUGGCGCACGUCGACAAGCAGCAAUGGAAUCUUGACCGUUUCAAUUGACAACCCCACAGCCAGGACUCAGCCCGAGCCUCCUUCUGCUUGGACCCUGCAUCCCCCACCUGCCAUCGCUCUUCCUGUGAAGGUGGAAACGGCAGAGAAGAAAAUACCAAAGGGAGUGCCUCUGCAAUUUGACAUCAACAGUGUUGGGAAACCGCAAACAGCGAUCACCCUGAACGAGCGAUUCCGUAUCCUGAAAGAUCAGCGCACCACCACAGCACAAAGCAGCAAAGGCAGCCGGUUUGUUACCGUGGGUUAGUUGGCAACCUUUAAGACCAUGACGAGUAACACUCAGAAGCCCCUUUUGGUCCCGCUCAGACCCACACGGUGAACCCCACCUUUCUGACGAUGGGGACGCGCUGACCCACUGACUGACUUUACUAAUGGGAGGGAGGAUAACAGCGGGACGGGAGGACAACACGCACAACCGUGAGACGUGUCAAUGGAAGAGUUUGUUUAAAAUAAGUUCCUAUUCAUUGUCCAAGUCAUUGUACUCCGCUGUUUGUAUUGUGGAUGUCCUAUACUGUACUGGGAAGGAAGGAGCUCUUUGUCUCCUCUUUGGACAUGAACUGUUGACACCAUCAUAGAAGUAUUUCUUUUCGGAGAGGACCGCUAUGUAUUUGUUAGAGUGGCACGAAAGUUUUUUUUAGAAUUGUUUUGUAAUGUUUGUUCAAAUAAAUGAGUUUCUCUUUCAAGAUUUG